AUGCGUUUAGGUUUGAACAUCCUGGUUGGCGCGAUCGCCAUAUCCACUGCUGCCGCGCAGGACACGAUUGACCGCGACGUCGUGAUCCUCGGCGGCGGCGCAACAGGGACCUACGCGGCCGUGCAACUCCGCGCACAAGGAAAAUCCGUCGCACUGGUCGAACAGAAAAGCCGACUAGGAGGACAUGCAGAGACGCUAUACCUCCCGAACGGGAAACACGUCAACUACGGGGUAGAGGGGUACUUCAACAAUGAGCUCUCGAAGGACUUUUUCUCGCAACUAAACGUCGAAUACGAGGCUCUCCUCCCGGGAUCCUUCGUCUCGCAAUACGUCAACUUCGACACCGGCGAGCGCGUGCUUCCAGGGAGCGAACUCCUCACUACAGUCGUCGCGGCGACCCUCUACCGCGGCGCAAUUGAGCAAUUCGACUACCUCUCCACAGGCGCAUACUACCUCCCCGAUGAAGUCCCCGAGGAGCUUCUCCGUCCUUUCCGCGAAUUCGUCGAGAAACACGCCCUCCAGGGCGCAAUGGACCUGAUUUUCACUUUCGCCGAGAACGUAGGGAAUAUCCUCGACCAGCCUCUCAUCUACGUGAUCCAGAACUUCGGGGUCCCGCAGGUCGACGCCCUCUUGCAGGGCGGAUACAUCACGCCGAAGAACGGGACAGACGAGCUCUUCAACGCCGCGGCAAACUAUAUCGACGAGUCGAAUAAUAUCUUCUACGACAGUGUCGCCUCGCACACGGACCGCUCCGAGGAGGGUGUGCAGGUUACGAUUCGCAACUCCAAGACAGGAUCUACCAAGCUCAUCCGGGCGAAGAAACUGCUGAUUGCGUUCCCGCCUACACUGCCCAAGCUAGAGGGAUUCGACUUGAACAACGAGGAGAAGACGCUAUUCUCGAAAUGGACACAUAAAAAUUACUACGCAGCCGCAAUAACCAACACCGCCAUCCCCGACGGGUUCAACAUCCUCAACACAAACCCAGCGAACCAGCCCGGAAGCCUCCCCACAACCCCCUUCCAAUGGUCCCUCGAAUACUCCGGCGAACCGGGGUACUUCAUGUCCAAGAUCGUCGGCGAGGAUAACCUAACCGAGUCCGCUGCACGGGAGAUGGUAAUCAACGACAUCAAGCGGAUGAGCGAGGCGGGGACAUUUAAGAUUAAGGACGGUCAAGAGCCGGAACUUGCGGCCUUUGCGUCGCAUGCGCCCGAGACCUUGAUGGUGUCGGUUGAUGAUAUUCGGGAUGGGUUUUAUAAGCGGCUUUAUGGGCUGCAGGGGGUGAGGAGUACGUAUUAUACGGGGUAUACGUUCUGCACGGAUUAUUCGACCCCGUUGUGGAAUUAUACGAUGAGUGUGGUUGAUAGUAUGGGACUGUAA